GCAAGCUUAACUCUGGACUCUUUGUUGCAGAGCUGACGGUGACUUGGUCGGGAGUCUUUUCCAUGUCUGUCCCCGGCCGUAGGAGUAGGACGUGGCGUACGAUCGGAGUAGCAACCAAGUGGCUAAAGGAAAGGCCCAGUGAGGUAGAAAAUGAUCAUCUAUGCCCGAGCCAUGGAGUACCCGCAAGGGAACUUGCCAAGUACCCAGAGUCAGGUUACAAAAGGAAACUGUGAACAGGAUCACCAACAGCUAUUUUUCAUUAAGACCCAAGCAAGCAGAGGUCGACUGGAUUCAGUAACGCAACAAAUGGGAUACCACCCCCAGUAUCUGGAUCAUUUCCUCAAACUGCAACACUACUUACUGCAUGUAGAUGGGCCUCUUCCCUUUGACUGCAGACACUACAUCGCCAUGAUAGCUGCAGCCCGCCAUCAGUGUCGGUAUUUGGUGAACCUUCAUAUGUCUCAGUUCCUUCGGGUUGGAGGAAACCCCGAGUGGCUUCAGGGACUGGAGUUUAUCCCCCAAAGACUACGUAAGCUCCACCAAAUAAACAAAAUUCUAGCACAUCGCCCAUGGUUGAUCAACAAAGAACACAUAGAGAGUUUGCUGAAAACGUGCGGGCAGUGCUGGACCUUAGCAGAGCUGGUGCAUGCUGUUGUUAUACUUGCCCACUGUCAUGCUCUAGCCAGCUUCGUCUCUGGUUCAGGCUGUGAUCAGGAGUCCAGGAUAGACUGCAGGUCCAUGUUGAAGCCAACUCUUCUAGGCAAUCAGUGUUUCUGCGAUGCAGCCAAUGGGAACACCAACAGUCAGGAGCUACUGAGAAUAAAUCGUCGAAAGUCACAGGAUUCUUGUGUGGAGCAGGACAUGCUGUGGGAGAGAAUGCAGAGAAUCCACAUUGAAAAUGAACACUGGGAUGAAGGAUGUUGUGAUGGCCAGAAGACAUUGCCGUACGAGUCUGAUGAAGAUAUUGAAUCAUGCAGUUUAAGUUUCCUAGUUGAAGACCCUUCAUAUGGUUAUCAAGAUUUUGCUCGCCGGGAUGAGGAUAACUUGCAAGUAUUCAGAGUACAGGAUUACUCGUGGGAGGUUCAUGGCUUUUCACUGGCAAACCGACUUUAUUGUGACAUUGGCAACUAUUUGGAUGCAAAAUUCCGAACAGUGUACAACCUGCAGAAUGGAUUGUUGGCUAAACGCCAAGGCUGUGACUCCGCUGUCUUCCAGCGAGCGGUUUGGAACUAUAUCCACUGUAUGUUCGGCAUUCGGUACGAUGAUUAUGAUUACUCUGAAGUUAACCAUUUGCUAGAACGGAAUUUGAAAGUUUACAUUAAAACUGUGACCUGCUACCCAGAAAAAAUAAACUCACAGAUGUUCGACCACUUCUGGAAACAGUUCAAGCACUCCGAGAAGGUACACGUGAAUUUGUUAAUCUUCGAAGCCCGGAUGCAAGCAGAACUACUCUAUGCCCUCCGAGCAAUAACAGAGUACAUGAUCGCUUAGCAACCUCUCCAACAGCUCCCGGACUUUACUUGAAGCUGCAUUAAGAAAGAACCAUUUGACUUACUUUUCUGACUGGAACUGCAUUUUUUUUUAUUUUUAUUUUUUUUUUUUUUUUGCCACUGUUUCUGGUGGCAGUCAAUGUGCAAUUACAGACUGCGACACAAUUUACUAUUGUGUCAAAUGUUGAAUGUGAUAGAAGAAGCUCCAGCAUAUUAAGGACAAUGAAACUUCAAGUGAACUUGGGGUCUCAAGAUCAGAAGUAUAUGUAUGUAUAUUUUUCAGUGACUGUGCCAGGUCUUAGCACUGCCUGUUGCUUUCCUACACUGCUGUUGCGCACUGAUGGUUGAUACUGGAUGGCUUUGUCAUGAGCUGUAUGGAUACUUUGUCCAUUUCACGUGAAGUUAUCCUGUUAAACUAAGUUAGAUUUACAUUGAGUCUACAUGAAGAAGGGGCUAACCUUACUUGGUAGAGGAAAAUUGCUUUGCUACAACACUGUUUGCCUUGCUUUUUGAGCUGAUGUCACAGGUUUACAUCCUGACUUCACCAGCAUUGGCCUGGUGCAAAUGGAAUUUUUUUUUUUUACACUAAUGUUGUAAUUCACAAUCAGAAGUGUACUAGAGAACAAAAAUUAGGUUUUAUUAGUUUUUUUAUUGGAAAAUAGUAAGGGGUUUAGUUUGAGCAACUCUAAGUUCAACAGGAAUUCCACUUUUAAAAUAUUGCAAGAUGGCACUUGACGCUCUUACUUUAAAUAUGGCAGCUUUUUUUAGUACACUAUGAACUGAGAUUGUAGAAUGAAAUGUCAGGGGUGGUGCAUGGGGUAAAAUUUGGCCAGAAUUAACUGGAUCGCCACUUAACUUAGUAUGAUAAGAUGAUGCAAAAAAGUACUGUACUAUUGUUAAACUGAGUUUUCUCUCUAGGCCACAUGUUAAGUACUAAGUGCUGUAAUGGGGCCUUGGGCGGCCAUGGUGGGAGCCAAGGAUCAGAAUGCUGCUGCUGUUGUAUGCAUAACAUGAAGUAUUUUCACCAUUCAUGACUAUACUCAUUGCUGAGCAAAAAUGCAUCCUUUUAUUCCUCACUCACCUCACCUUCUGACUUAACCCAUCUAGCCACCUGACAUCCCAGGUGCUCUUUCAUGGUGGUUGUAAGCCCAUUUCUGCCCUGACUUAGGAGAGACCCCAUCAGUCCCAUUUAUUCCCCUUCAGAGGGGAACGUUAGGAACUAGCAGUCCUUCUUUCUCGUAAGGGUUCUGCUUUCUUCAGUGGUUUCUCUGCUGUGACCUCACCUGCAUGCCUCCACAUGCCCUAGGAUGGCCUUUCUUGUUCUCGUAUGAUGUGAUCCAGUAGUUGUGCCAAUAAUUCCUCAGUGCACCUGUUUGGGUCACUGGUGUAGUAUGUCACACUGCAUCCCUCCUCCCUCUCCACAUUAGCAAACCAUUAACUCUUCUCCUUUCCAGUGCUUGAGCUGCUAGUCUAACCCAGAUUAUCGGGGUCAUAGCAGGGCUUCAUCCCAGUAUGCCAAAGGGCUGAGGAUAAUUCCUACACAGCUUUCCUUGUGCUUGUAUUACAACUGCUGAACUGCCUGGCAAGGACAGAUAGAGAAUCACAAGCAAAAUGUGGCAGCAGGUGAAAAAAAAAAACUUGGAAAGUAAAAGUCCCUAGUUUAAUUUCACCCUUAGCAGAUAAAUAUAUUUAUUAGUGGAAUUAAAUGUGAAGAGGGCAUUUCUGAGUAACUAUUGCAUAAUGUUGGAAGCUGUAGUGUCAACACUGCAUUCUUUGAGUUUAUCGUGUCUGUAACUGAGAUCUGCACUUGAUCAAGUUAUUCAGACACACAUUGGGGUUCAUCUCAAUUUGUUUUUCACUGUUGCAGUUUGUUCAUCCUGUCUUUAACAGCAGAUAUUUUCUUGUGUACUGCUGCUGUUCUUCCUUCGUGCACAUUUUGGCUCAGGACAAUAGACCAGUGACAUACUUCAAAAGUUUCUGCUUUGCACAACUUUUAUUGAGAAAGGUCAAGAGUUUUACUUUAUCACCAUGGGUGCAGUGCCAGAAACUGAUUAGCUGAAAAUCUCCAGGCAGUCUAGUCAUUCUAAUCAAAAGCCCUGAAAAACAUCAGUAGCUGUUGCAGCUUUAUUUACAUGAAGGAAGGCAGGGCUGGUCAGAAAAAUAGGUACUAUUCUGCCAUCUACUGGCAAAAUGGUAGCAUAGCAGCUUUCUUAGCACAUUGUUUUAUUUUAGCUAUGUCAUCCUUUUACAUUUUUACUUAAAUUACUAGGAUUUUGCAGUAAAAUACUAGGUAACCUGGAAGUCACAACUGGUAGAAGAAAAAUGCCAUACUGCAGUACCUCUAAAUAAGAUGAUGCUUAAAAUAUCUGUGAACUAUUAUCUUUGGUUUUGAAAGAACACAACUGUUGACUUGCUUUUGACCAGUUUCCAGUUUGUUAAUCUCUACAGCCGUCCAGCAGUAUAGAUUUGUUCACUGCAGAGCAGGUACCUAACGUUAGAGCUAUGUACCUAGUGCAGAAAGACUGAUUGUAGGUGAGUUGUUUGAUAAAAUGGCAGAUGCAGAGAAGUACAUGUGUAACAUUUUGUUGUGUUGGCAGAAACCUCGAACAAGUGUUUCAAUAUCAGAAAGCAGUGAAGGUGCAUUUGUGCUGCUGCUGCUAACUGCUUUCUCGGUUUGCAUUUUUUUUUUCAUUCAUAGGGAGCUUUUGUAAUUCACAGGAACUUUUUUACUGUUGCUGCAGCGCACUAGGAAAAGUGCACAUUACUGUGGUUCUAAUUUGUUUAUAAUGUCAGAGAAUGCCUAAUCAAGGCCAGGCUGAAAGAAGUUAAUUUGUAAUUGAAUUAGAAUUAAAAAAAAAAAAAAAUUGAGGUGGUAUGCUGAUGAGCCUCAGAGACAAAAUUAGAAGGUGAAACUGGAAAUAGAAUAUGUUGAUAGGGGUUAAAGUCCAGAAAGAGCAGUGUGCCAUCCCUUCAUGAAAACAGGAACUCAAAUGUGCAGUUAACUGUAGCAGACACCUGCACUCCUUGCCAAGUAGGGUUUGAUUUUUUAGCAAACACUGUGAAGGUUUUUGGCUUUUAGCCUGUUUUGCAGAUUAAUGCAGUCUUUCUUGUUCGUAUUUACUGUGACAUAUUAUAGUAUGACAUGACUGCCAUCUAGACUCAACAUGUUUUUAAUUAGAUUGCAUUGCUUGUCAAACUGAGCACUUACUGCAGAAUAUAUGACAAAAUGGACAUUACACACACACUCACUCUGGCCUGGCCAGUCAACUGGUGGAGACCCUUCAGUUUCACAGUGGGUUUAUUUUUUGUCCUUGUUCGUUGAUCAAAGUAUUGACUUUCUGUUUUAACUUAAGAUAUAAAGGAUUUCAGGAAGGUAAAACUUCCCCCUUGAAGUUGGGGGAGCCAACAACUUUGGCUCUGCCUGUUUAGCAUUUACCACGUAAAUGUAUAGGGGGACUCUUGUUUUUGAAAGAUAAAAAGACUAUUUUUGCUAUAAAUAUAAAAAUAAAUAUGUUUGACUUGUG